UGAGCCACAAGCAGUUUAAUUUGUGUUUGUAUCAUACUGAGGUAUUGCAAAUUUCUGCCGGUAUCUGGGAAAGAAUUCAAAAGCUGAAGCGAUAAAAAAAAGAUUUUCCGUCAACAAACCUGUGUCUGCAAGCUUGGAAACGAAAAAUUUGCGGUGCCGUAGAACAGGUUCUAACUCUGAUAAUUUUUAAUGCAAAGUGACGGAGCAGUGCUCUGUUCAUGGGAAGCACUGCUCCUUGUUUCUCUUUUGGGCGGCACGAUAAGGAAGACGUUUCAUUACUCUUCAUUACCGGUGUUUCAUAAUUAAUUCUGUGCAUUGGCCAGAUUGAUUGACUUAAGAAAGAUAUAUUUUACUUCCUUGGAAGGCUAAGAGUUGCAUUGGAAGUGGGAAGUCUUGAAAAGAUCGAAGAUGACUCUAAGGUUGUAUUUUCAAUUUGUGUCGUAUUUGUUCGCGAUUCAAAUAAGUCAAGGCAUGGAAAAUAACCAAAGACAAGUUCUAACCAUUGGAGGGUUCUACGCUUCGGGAAAAAUGACCACUUUUCAGAACGCGUCGGGAAUCAUUGAGACCGUAAAUGAAGCGGUUCGUUCCAUAAACGAGCGUUCACAGCUUCUACCUGGUUAUAAAUUGGAGAUAGAAUGGAAAGACACAAAGUGUCAGCUGGGUCAUGGAGUCCAAGCUCUGUUUCAAAGUGUUAACGAGUCUCCUACGAAGAUAAUGCUUCUUGGCGGGAUGUGUAGCGCAGCUACCAGACCAAUUGCCGAGUGCUCCCAUCUUUUGAAUCUGAUACAGGUCGGCUAUGGAGCGUCGUCAAUUUAUUUGUCGGACAAGGAAAAGUACCCUCUUUUCUUCAGAACGGUUCCCCCAGAGAAGGGGCACAAUUCCGGCCGCCUGGCUGUACUGAAGUAUUUCAAUUGGAAAAGAAUUGCCAUACUGAUAGAAAGGGAGCCUUAUUAUGAAGCUGCUCAGGCGAGUUUGACGAAGUUGCUUGAGAAAAACGACAUAUCAAUAGUGGUUCAAGAAUUUCUUGGAGAUGGAAUGGAAGAAGACCGCGAAUCUUUAGUCAAGUUUUUAAAGGCGAGAGAUGCUCGAAUUAUUGUUGGACUUUUCUCCGAAGAAAAAGCUGUGGAAAUCUUCUGUCAGGCGUACAAACAGGACUUUUAUGGCAAGAAGUAUGUCUGGAUGUUGAUAGGAUGGUAUCAGUCGCGUUGGUGGAAUGCGCAUCCAGAAGUCUUGUCCAAACAAAACUGCAAGGCUAAGCACGUGGUGAAGGCUUUUGGUAGUUACGUCACAACCGAUUUUCUGAAAUUUGGACCAGGCUUCCCGAACAUGAUAGGAGGCGAGAGUGCAUACCACACAUGGAAAAAUAAAUUUGACAAGCUUGGUUUGUAUUCUGGUUUUGCGCACGACGCCCUCUUUGCCAUGGUUUUGGCUCUAAAUCAUUCAGCUGGGGUCCUCGCCGGGAGAAAUAAAACUUUGGCAGAUUUUACUUACAAUAACUCGGAAAUGGCAACACUGUUUAAGACGUCUUUGUCCGAAGUCUCCUUUCGCGGAUUUUCGGGACAUGUAUAUUUUAACGAUAAAGGAGAAAGAGAAGGAAUUAUAACAGUCCAUCAAAUGCAAGAUCAAGAAAUCAAAAUGCUCGGUAACUAUACCGUUUCAAACGAAAAGCUGGUCAUCGAAUCGUCAAAGUUCGUUUGGGAAGGUGGUAGUGUUCCCGCUGACCAAAUGACUACAGUGGACAAGCUGCUGACGAUUUCCCGCGGAUCGUUUGGAUUCUUUUGCGCGGUUGAGGUCCUGGGGAUUAUAAUAGCUGUGGUUUUCCUGGCGUUCAACAUUUCUCAUAGUAGUCACAGAUUUAUCAAGAUGUCGAGUCCACGUCUAAAUAAUGUCAUUGUAGUGGGCGCCAUUCUUAUCUACAUUGCUGGUAUCCUGCUGGGUAUUGACGGCACUUUUGCGAGUAUCGACAUUGAGGCAGUUUUUCGAUGCAGAUUGUCGACUUGGGUGGCUUGUCUUGGAUUCACACUCGGAUUUGGUGGCAUGUUCUUGAAGACCUGGAGAGUGCACAAAAUUUUUCUUAACCGAACAAAGAAAAUGAUCAUAACUGACUUCCAACUGUUUGCAAUGCUGGGUCUGUUUCUUUCCAUCGAUCUCCUAAUUCUUAUGGUUUGGGAGAUCAUUGAUCCUUUGUACGCGAGUAAACGCUUCACAGGACGAGAGGAAUACAGCCCUUCCACCGACACAAACUACAAGACUUAUUACAUCGAGUGCACCUCGAAUCACCCGAAAAUCUGGCUUGGGGUUGUUUACGCCUACAAAGGCCUCAUGUUGGCAUUCGGUGCCAUGAUGGCCUGGGAAACGAGGAAUGUCACUUUUGCUGCACUGAAUGACUCCAAACACAUUGGUAUCUCUGUGUACAACGUGGUAUUUCCAUGCGCCUUGGGAAUGACAAUUGUCAACGUGGUGGCUUACAACCCGGAUGUGUUUUACGCGGUUCUGUCUGUGUUGGUUGUUUUUUGUACCACCAUUACGCUGUGUAUUGUGUUUGUUCCAAAGAUAACUACCGUCAAAGCAGAUCCGCUGGGGAAAAACAGACCUCGCUUUGUAUCGGCUCUAAAUCAUCAGACAACACGCGCACAAAUAGACGAAAGGCUACAGUUACAACCAGGUCAACAACCAAAGCAGAGACCUGAUUCUGGUCAGACCCAAGAAGACAGUCAACGAACAACUGCUAGUCCUAUAUAACGUACGCUACGAAGAUUAAUAACAUGCAAAUCAAAUAGUUUUUUAUUUUAGAUCCAGUGGAACACUGUUGUAAUUUCAGUUCGAACGAGUAUCGGCGAAGGGUGAACUUUGAGUGAGCCAAAGAAAUGACGGCCUGAACGUUCUUCGUAUUCGAUCAUCUUCGGUUCAUCGCGGAUCAUAGCAGACUCAGCAACUUAGUUCGAAAGGGCGCAUUCCAGUUGAGUCGCAAAAUCAAAAUUAGGAUGAACAAAACGGACAAUCAGCAAAAAGGAGUGUCUACUGUGCUACUCGGCUCGCUUACCAGCCGCUGUUCGAGAACCGGAGCCCGCGCUCCUCCCCGAAGCGUCUCUUCUCGGGGAGGAACGAAAAAGACCGAACUCGAGAAAGCGGCGGAAAUCGAGCCGACUGUGCUACCAAGUCGUGAUUUGUCUGAUUUACGUCUGAGUGGUUAAAAAUUAGCAACCAAAAUUACAAAAAAGCAAUCCCGUACUGCUAUCGAAACUCAUUGAAAAUUGCUCUACACGAUGAGCAAUAAAAGCAUAAUCAAAAAAAAAAAAAAAAGGACAA